AUGGCAAACAAUGACCGAGUGGGAAGCAUUGCAUCAUUUAAACCAUUAACCUUUGUAGAUUUUUGGGUGCUGAAUUCAGAAUUCGAGUUGCGGAAAGCUCAACUACGUGAGCAAACUGAAACACUCAGGUGA